UGUAAACAGGAAGUCAAAUUUCAUCGCCAGUCAGAACAGCGGUUGCUGUGCACAUGACAUAGAUUUGUCCCUCUGCAUUGCUUUCUUUUUACAUAAGUCGUGAUUCCCGAAGGAGCUAAAAUGACGACCACUCGAAAACGGAAAGGAAGCGAUAUGACGUCAGAGGCAGCCUCGUCACUUAGUUCACUGCGACAAAAGGGCAAAAUGCCACAGAGGAAGACAAAGAAGCAUUUCCAUUUAGACCUGUGGCUGUGUCUCACCGUUCAAAACUGGAUACUGGAUUUUGGAAGACCAAUUAUCAUGCUUCCACUGGAAUGGUUUCCUCUUAACAGGCCGAGUGCUGGAGAUUAUUUUCACAUGGUGUAUAAUGUCAUUACGCCUUUUCUGUUGCUCAAGUUGAUUGAACGCAGUCCCAGGACGCUGCCGCGCUCUGCUGUCUUCCUCUGUGUCAUUACUUUUGUCAUGGGAGCGAGCAUCCACUUAGUGGGAGAUUCUAUCAACCACCGGCUCAUUUUGAGUGGCUACCAGCUCCACCUCUCCGUCAGAGAGAAUCCAAUCAUUAAAGACCUGAAACCGGCCUCAUUGAUCGACUCCUUUGAGCUGCUGUAUUAUUACGAUGAGCAUCUUGGACAUUUAAUGUGGUACAUUCCUUUCUUCCUCAUCCUCUUCAUUUACUUCACUGGAUGUUUCACUGAUGUACAAGAUCGUAAGGCAGUUCCUCUGUCUGGUUGGCUGCUCCUGUGUCCCAGUGCACUCUAUUACUGGUACCUUGUUACUGAAGGCCAAAUCACUGAUCUGUUCCUCCUGACCUUCCUGGCAAUGGUUACCGUGGUGAUCUAUCAGCAUCGUAAGGGCUUAAGUCCUGAUAGCAAUGGUCUGUUUUUGUUCUAUAGCUUCUGCUUCACUCUGCUUCUUGUUGUGUUGUGGGUGGGCUUUCUGUGGAAUGACCCUGUCCUUCGCACGAAGUACCCAGGGCUCUUAUAUGUUCCGGAACCGUGGUCCUUCUAUACGCUACAUGUCAAGGAAACCCAAUGACGCAUGUUUUAGUACCGCUUUGUUUUUCAUGUGUGCUGUCGCCCAUCUCUCACUCCUGUCAGGUAUAAACCAAUUGCCUUGAGACAUUUAAUAUCACAAUUUGGAGCUCUGACCUUUGCUCAUGAUAUCAAAUCCGUGCUACCAUGAGUAACACCGGUGGUCAACAUUCGAACAGUAGAGUAGUAACUCCACCUUCUGUCAGCAGUGGCAAUUGCAAACAGAGCGGGAGCAGAGGGUUUCCAAAGAGUUAAAACCUGUAGUGUAGUGUCAAACACCUGAGACUUGGACACCAUACUGUAUGUGUCUGUUAUAAGCCAUAUAGUUGUAUUUAAUUGAAUUUCAAAGAGAGCGACCGCAAUAAAUCGUGAUUCUCUGGUUUUUUUGUUUGUCAAUAAAGGUAUAUUUGAAUAUCUUUUGAUUUACAACACACUCAUGAUCCAAGCGCUGCAAUAUUUUUGUAAGGAACAAACGCGUCUGCUGUUUACAAUAAAAGACAAAUAAGAAAACAAUGUGUCAAUUAUUUUCAACGCAGUUUUUAUUGUAGUCAUUGUG